AUGGCUAGCUCUCCGCCAACUGUCGACAGCACGCCUCUCAUCGGCGAAGACGUGGAGGGGCUUGUUGGAGAAGAAAACUCAACUGCUGAGCGGAUAGCCGAUUUUCUUACAGAAGAGGACGAAGAAGGAGGUAAUAAACUAUACAACAGGGCGGUGAACAACGAAUUAUAUGAUACCUUCUAUUUGAAGUCUUUAGAUGGAAUAUUAGUGACUCGUAAGGGAACUGGCAUGGAACAACUACGAUUCUUGAAGGACGAAAGCAGUGGGAAAAUAAGUAUCAGGAAUAAUCAUUUGUUAUCUAACAAAGAUAAUUACAUGUUAAGGAAGGAAUAUGACUACGUCAUCAGGUGCACGGGAUUUCUCUUCGACUUCAGUAUUUUUGACAAAACAUGCCGGCCGAAACCGAAAAUCCCGAAGAAGAAAAAUCGACGACCUAAAUAUCCUCUCAUAGAUCACACCUACCAAGCAGUUGGCGUUCCUGGAUUAUACUUUGCAGGAACAGUGACACACUCGCUGGAUUUCAAGAAGUCGUCUGGUGGUUUUCUACAUGGGUUCCGUUACACAACUCAGGCUCUUCACAGAAUACUCGAAUACCAGAACCAUAGAAAACAAUGGCCGUCCAUUAAAUUGUCAAUUUCAGAAUUAUUGAAUCAUAUUGUCAAACGAGUGAAUGAAGCUUCUGGUUUGUACCAAAUGUUUGGCGUAUUCAGUGACGUCAUGAUAUUAUCAGGUGACGAAACAUACGAAUAUCUUGAAGACUUUCCAUUACCGUUGUUGCCAACAUUUAAGAAUAUUACUGGGAAAGAAGCACAACGAAUUAUUACAUUCACUCUGCAGUACGGACCCGGGAAAGGAGUGGAGCUGAACUUGGCCAACCAGGCACACACGACCUUCUUUCUGCACCCGAUGUUUCAUUAUUACGAGGGAAUACCAACAGGUAACAACCACAACAAAUGA